AUCAGCAACAGCCAGCAUUUCUACAGUCAUCUCCAGCCAUGACUCCAAGUGAACGCCGUCUGAGCACACAACCGAGAGGAAAGUGUGUUUUUUAGCAGUUCAAUAGUCUCUAGUGUUGGAGUUAUGAGCAGUGUGACAACUUACACACGAGACAACUUAUCCUGCUCUCCCCUACAUCAUAUGAGGCAAGGAUUUCUUCCAAAGACCAGUGGAAAACAUCUUAAUUUGUCCAGUGUUAUGACAUGUUUUUGAGGAUGAAGCGAGGAAGGACAGGUCUCAAAUCAAAGUGCCAGCCCUUCCCCUCCCAUGAGGACAGGGCUAAGAAGCAGAGGGCAUCCGGCUUUGCCCCGACUUCUUCACAGGACUGGGGUAACCUGCCCUACCACGUGGUCCUCCAGAUCUUCCAGCAUCUGUCCCUCAUCGACCGGGCCAGGGCCUCGUCUGUGUGCCGCUGCUGGAAUGACGUCUUUCACACCCCUGACCUGUGGAGAAGGUUUGAGUUUGAGCUCAAUCAGCCGGCUACGUCUUACCUGCGCUCCACUCACCCUGACCUAAUUCAGCAGAUCAUCAAGAAGCACGCUCAGCACCUGCAGUACGUCAGCUUCAAGGUGGACAGCUGCACAGAAUCUGCAGAGGCAGCAUGUAACAUUCUCUCCCAGCUGGUGAACUGCACCAUUAAGACCCUGGGGCUGAUUUCCACAGCACGGCCCAGCUUCAUGGAUGUGUCUCAGGCUCACUUUGUGUCGGCACUGACAGUGGUGUUUGUCAACUCCAAGUCCCUGUCCUCCAUCAGGAUUGACGAUACGCCAGUGGAUGACCCAUCCCUGAAGGUGCUGGUUGCCAACAACAGCGACACCCUGAAGUUACUGAAGAUGAGCAGCUGUCCUCAUGUCUCCCCAGCAGGUAUCCUGUGUGUUGCAGACCAGUGCCAUGGCCUCAGGGAGCUGGCGUUGAACUACCAUCUCCUGAGUGAUGAGCUCCUGCUUGCCCUCUCCUCUGAAAAACACGUCCACUUGGAGCACCUGCGCAUUGACGUGGUGAGCGAAAACCCUGGCCAGACACAAUUUCACACCAUCAAAAGAAGCAGCUGGGAGGCUUUGGUCCGACACUCACCCAAGGUCAACAUCGUCAUGUACUUCUACCUUUAUGAGGAGGAGUUUGAGCCCUUCUUCUGUGAGGAGACCCCCGUCACCCACCUGUACUUUGGCCGGGCAGUUAGCAAAGAGAUGCUGGGCCGCAUCGGACUGAACUGCCCCCGGCUGGUGGAGCUGGUGGUGUGCGCCAACGGCCUUGAGCCCCUGGAUGAGGAGCUGAUCCGUAUCGCCGAACGCUGCAAAAGCUUGACGGCCAUCGGGCUGGGCGAAUGUGAAGUGACCUGCAGUGGCUUUGUGGAGUUUGUAAAGAUGUGUGGGGGCAGGCUGACUCAGCUGUCAAUCAUGGAGGAGGUGUUGAUCCCAGACAAUAGCUACAACAUGGAGCAGAUCCACUGUGAGGUGUCCAAGCACCUGGGCCGCCUGUGGUUUCCUGACAUGAUGCCCACGUGGUAGGCUCACAUGGAGCAUGAGUGGAUCUAGUGGAGGGCUUUUAAUGAACGAUAUGACUUUUAUGGACACUCACUGUGUGAAGCUCACAUGAGCAUCAUUUUAACACAUGUUACUGUUUGACCUAAGCUUCAGUAUGAGACUGCAGUGUGAUUUGCUGUUUUAGGAUAAGAAUUAGGCAGGAGGCAGAAUCUCUGUCAGUGCUCCUGGUUGGCUUACUGGGUCAUUUCUAAAGCUGUCACUUGUAUCUUUAGUGCAGUGAAUUUGGUGUAAGAUUAAUAUUGCAGAUUGAUUUCUGUCAAUAUAUUGCAAUGUGAGAUUUUGGACGCAGUUAGAUUCUCUCAGUCUGUGAAGGACGGUCUGAAUUUACCAUCUGUCAGUGCAACCUUUUAACCACUGCCUGUAAAGGAAUUGGGUCUGCCAUCUGCUGGUUGCUUAUAUUAAAGGCACCACACGUCAUCAAUCAUCCUGAAAAGCAUCUCACGCACUGAGUCGAUUUUUUUAAAAGUAAAAUUCCAACUUCGUGCUUUUACGUUGUCACAUAUCGUGUUGUUGUUCCUUUAAUUCCAGGUCUUGUUUUGUGUUGAAACGUUGUUCUUUACCUUGUAGCUAUUUCCCUUUAAGUCUCAUAUUGCCUCAUCUACUCCAGCUUAAGUGACUGAUUUCCUACAUUUCGCCCUUUUUAUCCAGCCAUUCAUAGGCAGUGAUACUACUGCAGCCCACAACUUGAGAACAAGAGUUUCCAGUCAGAGCAAAAGUCACACCUUCAUGUAAAACACAAUGGUUCUUUUGUAUUCUUGUGUAUUCAUUUAGUUUGUGUCAGCGGAGACUUUAAUAUGUUGUCCUAAACUACAGCAUCUUAAUUUGGUUGAACAUAGUGCAGUGUCACCUCACAUAAAGAAGAUCCUGGGUUUGAGCCUGGGUCAUCCCAGGCCUUUCUAUGUGGAGUUUGCGUGUUCUCCACGUAUAUGCAUGGGUUCUCUACAGGUGCUCCGGCUUCCUCCCACUGUCCAAAGACAUGCAGGCUAGGUGACUUGGUGACUCUAAAUUGCCCUUAGGUGUAAAUAUGAGUAUAUGGUUGUUUGUUUCUGUGUGGCCUGUGAUGACCUGUCCAGCGUGUACCCCACCUUCUGUCCAAUGUCAGCUGGGAUUGGCUCCUGCCCCCCGCGAACCCUGCAUAAGCUGGACACUUUAUGAUUUUUACAUCCAGACAAUUUCUAACAGUUGUUUUCAUUUUCAUUUUUUUCACUGCUGAAAUUUGUUUUAUUUUCCAUUGGCAUUAAAAGCUCAUUUUCUAACCUA